AUGACUGAACAAAAUGGCCUCUAUAGAAGUGAGGUAGCCGAGAAGGUAUAUCCAUCAGAGGUAGUUAUUGAUAUGGAAAUGUCCGCAACUCAAGAUUUACCAAGCAAUGCCUUUAAACUGGCCAAUCUUGCUCCAUUAGGCGGGGUCCAAGAGAGAACAAUGCAGGAGACAGGGUCAUACAGUGCCACCACAAAUCCAGCAGAAAGUGGUGCCAACAUAAGCGAGCAAAAACGAGGAGAGGGUAUGGUCUUUUCUACAUCCCAUAAAUCGGUUACCUUCGAUGAACAGCCACCCAGCGUUCAUGAAUACAGUGUGGUUCUUGAACCAAGCGCAGAGUCCGAUAAUAAUAUGUGCGUUGAUAGUGAUGGCGGCAUUUCUUGGGAUGGGUACAAUUUAAGGGGGGUAAACACUUCUAGUGAACUCAGCUCAAAAUUUAGUAUGGAAAGUGGCCAAGUAUUAAGCCAGAUGCACGGUAAUAUUGUGAUUUCUGGAGAGUUAGACCAUGAGAGUAGCAGUUCAAGUGCUUAUGCCCAAGACGAUUUAUCCCUCGGUAUUGAAAAGCUGCGUUUAAAGCGUGUGAUCCAUACUAUAGAAAGCCCCGCUAGCAGAAUUGACAAAGGGAGUUAUUCAGAUUCACAAACUGCCCGACCAAACCUUGCUUCACAUAAGAAAGAGAAUUUAGAGUUUGAAACUUCCACUCAUUCAGCUAUCUUCAGAAUAAGGCCUACAUCACCAAUGACCCCGCCAACGUCUGCAGCCCGCAUCAUGUCACAAGAACAAUCCACUUUGACGUCUGAGAAGGCAUAUCUUACAAAUAGCCAAGAGCUUUCUCAGUUACAAAAAUCAUAUGCCACAAAUAUACCAACAGCGUCCUCUUUACAGGAUAUACAUAGCAAGUUUGCAUCUUCGAGAAAUUCUGAAGAUUUUGAUAAUUCACUCACUUCUCAAUUACCAAAUUUCAGCAGCUCACCACAUCAAAACAUAUCUAUGGGGGAUAUGCGUUUUAUGGGGGAAACAAAAGAUAAAAGUAGGAUGCUAAAUGUUUGCUCUGCCGCAGCCACAAUUGAAGAUAAAUAUACAACCGAGUAUUCAGGUCGAUCUUCGCCUUUAGAUUCCCUACAAGGUGGUUAUAGAGGAGAAGCAUCAGUAGAAGAUUUGGCAAUACCAAAUGAAUUAUCCCGAAGCGACACUCUCAAAACUUUAGAACAGUCUACAUUUUCAGAAUCAUCAUCUACCUUGACACGUCCUCAAUUACCUCCACUGGAUCCUAAUUUGUUUAGAAGAUUGGAGAUAAACGAUGCAGACGGUACAGUGCACUUAUAUAGGCAGCAGUCUUCCUCCUCCUCCUCCUAUGGUGAUGAUAUUAAUAAUGAUGACGAUUAUUAUGAUGGUGAUGAUAGGCAAAUUGAUGCAGAUUUAAAGAAAUCUCCAGGUAAGCUAAGUUCAGAAAACAGUGUUAACCGUUCUAAAGACAGCCUAAAAAGCCAAUCAUACAAAAAGGGACAACUUGAACUCCCGGUAAUAGAAUUUUCCAAUGAAAAUGGAGAGAUCAUAGUGGAAAGUUCAGAAGAUAAACGAGCAACUGUAUCUGAUACUAAUGAUGGUGAAACUAUUCAAAAUGAAAGUCAAUCAUCAGCAGAUGACGAUGAUGCACUUGCUUCCGUUCACGACUCAUCCCCCGUUCUGAAGCUUCCACCAGAUCUUCCAACCCUGCCUAGGUAUGAAUCGUUUUUUGAUGAUACAUAUCCUUUUGGAUUUGACUCCGAUAAAUCAGCAGGUUCCAUUACUAUUGGGAACCCCCCCAGACCUGAUAAUUAUUUGAGUAUUUGGCAUGCUCAAGAGAAUCAAUUGAAUCAUAUAAAUGCUGAUAAAGGGCCAAUUUUUCAGUGUCGCCGAAUAGCUCAUGAUAAUGAAGCAAAUAAAACAGCCAAAAAAUCAUUAGAAUCAACUCCACCGGUCAGUAUUAGGGACAAAAAGUUUAAGUUUAAGCCAAAGAUCGUCACUAGGCCAACGAUUUACUAUAGCAGGGAGCAAUGGCAAAAUUUACAGGAAGCUUCUCCAUUUUACAGCUAUGAGGAAGUUGGAAUCCAGGAAACUCCAUCCUUGAAGCAAUUGAACAAAAGUAUUUUGGAUCCAUUAAGAAGGAACUCAAUUGUAUCUAAGAAGAUUCAACAGGAAUUAAAGACUAGUGAAAGAAUAAACGCAUAUUAUUUCAAUCGUAAGAGUUCGAUACGUAAUAGCCAUAGAAGGGGCAUCCGUUCUUCUUCUUCGGGUGGAAUGUCUGACUCUUUUUUUAAAGAAAAUACAGACGACAGUACUGAAACUAUGAAUCAAGAAUUUCUGCCAAAGCUUGUAUCGGGAAAAAAUGAAUUUGCUAAUUUAAUUGAAGGCUUUGUCAAUAAUGAAAAUUCUCAAGUUAAUACCAGUGGUUCAACCGACGUUGUAGCAGGAAAUCGUGAUUCAAAAAUAUUCAAGCUUUGGGAACAUUCAGAUCACGAAAAUACAAUCUUUGAUUAUAUCAAUUCACAAAAAGUCACGAAUAAUGUCAUCGACAAAUUAUUGUAUCGUUCAGACGUUGUAAAAGAGGAGGAUGAAAAUAAAGUUAUUGGAAUAGGCAUAAUUAAAAAUACAAAAAAAGAUACUAAAGUGGAUGCUAAGAAAAUCGAAAGCAUAUAUGGCUUUGAGGCAGUGCACUCAAACUCGUUAGGUAGCUUCAAAACCAUUGAAGGUUCUUUAACCCCUGUGAAGGAGCAGUUCGAAAAUACAAACCCUUCUUCCUUAUCGCAUAUUAAAUCGUCAUCCAAAAAUGUCAGGGUUUCAAUGCCUUAUAAUAUAUAUAGCACAGAACCUGGUAGCCCACAAUCGUUGGGACGGAACAAUACAGUUCGGAGCAGCAAAUCUAAAGCUGUCGCUCGGUUUGAUAGGCAAUCAAAUAAACAUGGUAGUAUGCUUAUUGGAGGUAAUAAUAGAGAUCGGGGUCAGUUGUAUAUCGAAUUGUCUGAUAUCAAUAAUCUGAAACUUUCUGAUAUUGAACAACAUAAAACAGAAUAUGCCAUUGAAUUUGAUAAUGGGAUGAAUGUUAUCCAAACAGAAUGGACAAAAUUACCAAAUGAUGGUAGAAUUGAAUUAGGACACGAAUAUUCAGUAGUUGUUGAUCAUAGUUUGGAGGUUUCUUUGAUUAUUACUUUGAAAUGUCGGUUUGAAAAACCCAAGCAGGAGUUGGUAGAAGUGAUCGAACGUGUACCAAUAAAAAAUAAGUGUAAGAUUUUUGGUAAAUCAAAAUAUAAGUAUGUGAAAACGUACGUCAACAGAGAUUCAGAAUAUGAUUCUUGGGAGUAUAAGUUUGCACAAGAUGGUUCCUUCGCGCGUUGUAAAAUACAUCUAAAUGAGGAGGAAUUGGGGAAACUAGAGUAUAAGAAGCAGGACUCUGAGUGGACAUUAAAAAAUGAAUGGCAAAGGGAAGUUAAACCGUCUAAAAAUAUCUCGGCGAGGGGAGUGUGGGAAUUACCUAGAGUCGCUCCUUAUCCGGUAGGUAUCAUCAAUAUGACGAUGUGUUAUUUACCACGGAUAUCACCUCUGGAAAAGUUUCCCAAAUCACUUAAGGUAGCCGAAGAUAUUGUUGAAGGUUAUAAACAACAACAGACAAUUCAAUAUGAGGGAUAUAUGUGGCAAGAGGGUGGUGACACAGAUGUCUUGAAGAGGAGAUAUUUUAAGUUAAAUGGCACGCGGUUAGUGGCACAUCAUGAAGUCACGAGACGGCCAAGGGCCCUUAUGAAUAUGCUGAAAGUUGUAAGGCUCGUUAAUCAUGGAAGCUCACGGGAGCUGGUGGAUGUAAAGAAAAGAUUUAUUACCGAUCUGGUUCUUCUUAAUGAAUGUUUCAAGUUACACUUUGAAAAUGGCGAAGAGAUAUUAUUUAAUCCAGAUACGAGAGUAGAAAAGCUAGAAUGGGUAGAGAAAUUAACUGCAGUAAUAAAGUUAAACCGAUUUCAUCAGCCUUGGGUCAAGAAACUUUUGGCCGAAAGUGUUGCUGAGACUUCCAAUAAUGUAACCUAA